AAUAGGUGUUUAGCUCAUGACUUGGCAAUAAUAUGUCGCAGGUGUUGUUUACUCUCUCGUAUGUGCUCAUUCAGAUAUACUGCCUCCUGUCAAGUAUAUAAAGAUGGCCGUGCCAUCCCCUUCAGCAUUGAUAUAACAUCAUCUGUUCUCAUCAGUCUCUCAGCAAUAGCCAAAAGAGUCCAAUCUUUCUAAUAUAACACUUGCCGUCUUCCUUUAUCUACCCACCCUCUUCAGAAAUGUCUUCCAAACUCAUCACAGUGUUCGGCUCCACGGGAGCGCAAGGAGGUUCCGUCGUCAAGUCCAUUCUUCAAAACAAGAGCGGCGCUUUCAAAGUCCGGGGCAUCACCCGAAACCCCAACUCUGAUGCAGCGAAGCAGCUCGCGUCUGCCGGCGUCGAAGUGGUCAAGGGAAAUGGCUUCAACAAGGAUGAGAUGUUGGCGGCUUUCAAGGGAAGCUAUGGUGUCUUCGUGAACACUAACUCGGAUGACCCAGCGUUUGAUGACCCUAAGAAUCCUACUGAGUUGGACUUGGGGAAGCUUCUUGUCGAUACGGCUGCCGAUGCUGGUGUCAAGCAUUUUAUCUACAGCUCCGGCGCAUCUCCGUCUGCUUUGACCAACGGCGAACUUAUGAUACCCACCUUCGAAAACAAGAACCAAGUGGGGACCUAUGCCCUGACCUCUGGCAAAUUUGACUAUGUCACCAUCGUUGAUGCAGGCUGGUAUCUGGAGAAUUUCCUCGUCCCAGACUUGGCUCCAGUUCUAGGCGGUUUUCCAUUGAAUGCCGACAACGAAGGUUACAUGUCCUUGGUUUGCCCGAAGUGGGGUGGCAAGGAGGAUGUUCCCUUCAUUGGCAUGAUGGACGACUAUGGUGAUAUCGUCCAUGGCAUGUUCCUUGACCCUAAGGCAUGGAACGGGAAAACAAUCCAAGGAGUCAGUGAGGCAGCAUCCUUUGACAAGGUUGCGUCCGACUUCGAGAAGGUGACUGGGACCAAGUCCCGCUAUGUUCCGCUGCCAUCGUGGAAAGACUUGCCAACUUUCGGAGUGAAGUCGCUAGAGACUAUCCGGCACAUGUUCGGCUAUUGCCAGAUCUCUGGCGGGCUGUACUUCGGCGAGCCAACUGAAACCCACACCGCAGCGACCUUGAAGAGGAUUGCGACUGAAGCUCAAGGCAAGAUUGGAAGUGACGCGGAGCUGAUGACAGUGGAGAAGUUUUUUGGAACUCAUUUUGCCAAGUAAUGCUUGGUUGCUACUGUAACAUUCUUUUCUUUUUUUAAUUAUUGGACA